AUGGCAGUUUUUGAUGCGGAUAAAGACAUCUCUCCCGGGAUCGUCGUCUCGGUGCCGUUCUUUGGCGGCAUCUUGGCGCUGUUGAUGAUUGGAGUUUUGAUGAAGAAAGUUCGAGCCGCCCCGCGUGGUGAAGGACCGCAAUUGUUCAUCGCGGACCAAAUCGCCGAAGGCGCUGUUGCGUUUUUGAAGACUGAGUACACGUAUUUACUGCCGUUUGUGGUUAUCUGCGCGGCGUUUAUUGUUGGCAUUUUGGAAGGCCAAUCGGGUUCUCCGGUGGACUACUCCGACAACAAGGGCGGGUGGCAAACUACCGUGUGCUUCUUGUCCGGCGCGUCUUUGUCCGCGUUGGCCGGCUGGAUGGGCAUGAAGAUUGCGACGGAAACGAACGUUAAGACGAUGCAAGCGGCCAAGGAGUCCUUGAACUCUGCGCUUAAGAUUGCCUUUGCCGGCGGCGCCGUUAUGGGCUUUUACGUCGUCGCGCUCGGUAUCCUCGGUUUGGUCGUGUUGUUCUACGCGUUCUCCAUGGGUCAAGACAACGCUCCCGAGGAUGGUAUCACCUUUGAUCCGGACAUGAGAGAUGCGAUCAGAUACUUGUCUGGCUUUGGCUUUGGCGCCUCUUCUAUCGCUCUUUUUGCGAGAGUCGCGGGGGGUAUUUACACCAAGGCUGCCGACGUCGGCGCCGAUUUGGUCGGUAAAGUUGAAUCUGACAUCCCGGAAGAUGAUCCCCGUAACCCGGCCACUGUUGCCGAUAACGUUGGUGACAACGUCGGUGAUGUUGCCGGUAUGGGUGCUGAUUUGUUCGAAUCGUUUGUCGGUUCCAUUAUUGCCUGCGCUUCCUUGGCGAGCUCUCACGCUGAAAUCGCGUUGCCGUUCUGGGUCGCCGGUUUCGGUAUCUUGGCUGCGACUAUUGGUUUCUGGACUGUCUCCACGAAGGACGACGCCGACCAAUCCGAAUUGCUCCACGCGUUGCACAGAGGCGUUUACUCUUCCUCUAUCCUCGUCAUUGUCUUUACGAUUAUCUCCGUCGAAAUUUUGUUCAACGGUUCCAAGUUGGGCUACAAGUUCUUCGCGUGUGUCCUCAUCGGUCUCAUCGCGGGUAUCUUAGUCGGCGAAGCCACGGAAUACUGCACGUCUUACGCGUACACUCCGGUUAGAUCCAUCACGCACGCCGGUUCUGCCGGUGGUGCCGCGACUGUCAUCAUCCAAGGUUUGGGCAUUGGUAUGAUCUCUGUCUUCCCGCCGACCAUCGUUAUCGUCUUGACGAUCCUUUCCACCUUCGUUAUUGGCGGCUUGUACGGCAUCGCCAUCUCCGCUGUUGGUAUGUUAUCCACGCUUGGCGUCACACUCGCGACUGAUGCGUACGGUCCGGUUGCGGACAACGCCGGUGGUAUCGCCGAAAUGUCUCCGGAUGUCGAGGACUACGUUCGCGAACGCACCGACAAAUUGGACGCGCUCGGUAACACCACCGCGGCCACGGGUAAGGGUUUUGCCAUCGGCUCCGCCGUUUUGACUGCCUUGUCCAUGAUGAAUGCGUUCGUUAAAAACGUUCCGUUCGGAUGCGGCGAAGGCGUUGAAAGCAAGUUCUGCCUCGCCGAGAACAUGUUGCUCACGGACCCGUACGUCUUGUCUGGCAUCAUCCUCGGGGCGAUGCUUCCAUUCUUGUUCGCCGCUUUGACGAUGUUGUCCGUCAGAAAAGCUGCGGGCGCGAUUAUCGUCGAAGUCCAACGCCAGUUCCGCACCAUCCCGGGCUUGUUGGAAGGUAAGGAAGGCGUUGUGUGCGACCACAUGGCGUGCGUCGAAUCGUGCACCAAAUCCUCCAUCAACGAAAUGCUCUUGCCGGGUAUCAUCGCCGUCUUCACGCCGAUCUCCAUCGGUUUAUUGGUUGGUGCCAAGUGCCUCGGCGGUUUAUUGGCGGGUUCCAUCGCCUCUGGCUUUAUGUUGGCCGUCAUGAUGUCCAACGCCGGCGGCGCCUGGGACAACUGCAAGAAGUACAUCGAAAACGAAAAGGUGUACGGCGGCAAAAAGUCCGACACUCACAAAGCGUGCGUCGUUGGCGACACCGUCGGCGAUCCGUUCAAGGAUACCUCCGGUCCGGCCUUGAACAUCUUGAUCAAGUUGAUGACUGUCUUCUCCCUCACUCUCGCCCCGGUCUUCAGAGACGACUGGGAGACGUAUCAGUACGGUUUGAUUGUCUUAGCGGUUGAGAUCCUCUUGGUCGCUUUGGCCUACUGGUGGGUCUGGAUCAAGAACGGCGACGAAGUCUUCACGCCGAACGACGCGAAGCACAACAAGACCACCUCAGAUUAA